AUGGGUAUAGCUACUUGUUAUCCUUGUGCUAAAUAUCUUCUCUUAGUACUGAAUCUUUUCUUCUGGCUAAGUGGUAUUGUUUUAAUUUUUUUUGGUAUUUAUUGUCUUUUACGUCCUGAAGUACAACAAAUAAUUCAUCUAUUUAAUUUUACUAAUUUACCAUUAUCAUCCAUUGAAAUAUUAGCUUGUAUUAUUAUACUCUUUGGUAUAAUUAUUUUUCUUAUCGGACUAUUUGGAUAUUGUGGUGCAAAACGAGAAUCACGUACUUGUCUCAUACUUUAUAUUGUUUUGAUAACAUCUAUUCUUCUGGUUGAAUUAGCUUUAUUUAUAUUUAUUGCAAUGCAUUAUGAGCAAGGACAAUCACUUGUAAAACAACGUCUUGUAUCACAAAUGAAAAAAUAUAAUCAUAUGUAUCCAAGUCAAUACGAAAGAGCGAUAGACUAUAUUCAAAGCAAGUAUCAUUGUUGUGGUGUUGAUACAGCUUAUGAUUACAGUGAUUCUCAUGUUCCAUUAUCUUGCUGUUCAAUGACUUCAACAGUAUCAUGUACAGUUCAUGAAGUUGGUUUAACUGGUACACCAGGAUGUUUGCCUAUUUUAACAAGAGCAACAUUCUUUUGGGGAAAACUUUUUCUUCUAAUUGAAUUUAGUUUAUGUGUUUUAGCGUUAAUUGGUGUUUUUCUUGCUAUAUGUGUCUGUCAAAAUACAAUGUUAUAUGAUGAUUAUGCUCCAGCACCAUAUCAUAUUUAA